UUGCGUGAAACCACGAGCGCGACUGUUCGUAAUGCGACUAUUCUUCUUGUCUCUUCUCUGGCCAAUCCUAUCACUUGCUGCGUCAGAGGAACAGGUGCCCUUAACGAACCCGCUGCAGGAUAUGUCCGAAACAUAUACACCUGCUACUAGCUCAAAGCCCACCUUGGCUGACCUGUUGACCAUUGAGCCUUCCGUGUCAAUCUUCUACUCCUAUGCCAGGGAAGUUGAGUUGAACGAACUCUUCGGAAAUGUCGAUGCCAAGAGCACAGUCCUCGUACCGACCAACAAGGCCGUGAUGGCGCUCGCGAGAAAACCUCACCAGGAUCCUGAACCUUCAGACACGGGCGUGAUUAUUUCUGAGGAGGAAUUUGAUGCUUUGUCCAAGAAGAAUGUAGAACGGUGGGUGUCUGCUCACAUCAUACCGGAGCUCCUCACUACGUUGGAGUCCAGGAGCUAUGAUACACUUCUUGAGGGAAAGUCUGUCACCUUCAAACAACUUGACGCUACGGCUACGCCGGAUUGGGCCGGAUUUGUAGUCAACGAUGACGUUCAUAUUAUUGCCAUGAAGGAGGCUCUUAACGGUGUACUCUAUAUCAUUGACGGCACGGUCAAAAUUGACUGAGUCUCGAUGUUAUCUUUGCCCUCAUUUUGUACUACUACCAAGCUUGGCUUUAUAUGUUUUCCAAUCUGCCCGCUCUUUGCAAUGUUUUUUUGGUUCCGUGGUUUGAAACCUAAGGAGAUUCCAUUUGGUUUGCCCUCACUGUAUAAUCUACAAGAUUGCCCUCCUCGAAGGCGCUCAAAUCUUUGAAUGGUUCGUGUUUGCAUC